UUUAACUGACUUUUCCAGCUGCUCGAAGGACAGGGGGAGAAAUGGCUGAUACCGUAGCUGACACAAGAAGGCUUUUUUCUAAGCCUCAGAACUUAAAUGAUGCUUAUGGACCUCCAAGUAAUUUUCUAGAGAUUGAUGUGAGCAACCCUGAGACCACCUGGGUUGGCAGGACCAAAUAUACCACGUAUGAAGUGAGACUGAAGACCAACCUACCAAUCUUCAAACUGAAGGAGUCGAGCGUACGGAGGCGCUACAGCGACUUUGAGUGGCUCCGAGCCGAGCUGGAGAGGGAAAGCAAGGUCGUCGUCCCACCUCUCCCUGGAAAAGCUCUCUUCCGGCAGCUUCCGUUUCGAGGAGAUGAUGGAAUAUUUGACGACUCUUUCAUAGAAGAGCGGCGACAGGCUCUGGAGCAGUUUCUUAACAAAGUGGCAGGACACCCUCUGGCUCAGAACGAACGAUGCCUGCACAUGUUUCUACAGGACGAGUCCGUGGACAAGACCUACACCCCGUCCAAAAUCCGACAAGCCUGAAGAGAAGAACGUGGCCCGGUCCCACUCGGCUCUUUAACCCAAAGCUCUCUUCACUGUUCACAAACGUUUCGAUCACAACCCCCCCCCUCCAAAAUGAUACCGUUCGCUUCCUUCAGUUUAAAAGUGACCCGUAUUGCCGUAUGUUUUCACUUUCUAAUUGGAGUAAAGAAUGUUCGACACAUAACUGUGGUUGACAGUAAUUUAUAGUAAUUUCCUUCUAUGUCUUGACUUGCCACUAACACGUUAUGUAUUUAUCAUUUAGCUAGGUCUUGAAUAUAUUCAUUUAUAUAGAAACAUUUAUUGAGCGGCCUGUGUAUGCAAAGCUCUUAAGUAAACCUCAGUUUCCCAUCAUGUAUAUAUAUAAUCACCUGGCAUGUUGUGCACCAUAAUUAGACAAACACACACACAUGCACAUAUAUUUGAUGGGCCUUUACUUUAAAACCCCACUUGAUCCUCUUUCAAAAAGGAAUCAUGCGUGUAUAUCGACCAUUACCCGCCCCGUUGUCACAAUGAUUUUCUAGUACGGAAGAAGUAAUUUUCACAGAGGGAACUGCAGUAUUUCUACUGGCUAUAUGCAUUUUGAGAUUUGUAUACUGCUGUGCCAUUUUUGUUUAUUUUGAAGAUUUUCCAAUAAAAUAGGUGAAAUGUCUGCAUAA